UUCUAAGGUUUUUUUAUACCGAUUCCUGUUGGUUCCGAAUCGAUCUGAUUCGAAACUGGAACCAGAAGGGACCGAUUAUUAUAACCCUAUGAACGGAAUUAGUCAAGAAGUGCCAUAAACGUGAGAGAGUUCAUUGAUGAUGCUUAGCUCUUGCUCGGACUUGGACUUCGGCUUCCGCAUCUCCAGGUGCUUUCUUCUGCUGAUGAUCUUUAACGAGACUGCGAACUCUCUCUCCCCCUCUCUCUUCUGAAAAUGGCGAAGCCGAGACAAGAUAGGAGACAAUCACAACGGCAUGGUUCCUGGUGGAAUCUGUUCUCCAGAUCUUCUAACCGCAGAUUCUUCCGCUUGUUUCUGAUCCUAGCAUUCUUGGCUGUAAUUCCUCCUAUUUUCUUCCACUUCAGACUCAGGCGAUUCCAGCAGAUAAAACAACUGGAUGGCAGACAUCAGUUCCUACAAGAGUUUGAUGAUCAAGAAAUACCUACAAUUGAAGAUGCUUUGAAGUUAGUGUCAAGGUCAGUUCGGCAGGUGAUUCUGGAUGCAAAAGUUGGGCCUCCAUCAUAUGAGCAAGGGCUUGCAAAGGACAUUCUUUCUGUUGUGGAGAAGACACGUUGUAGAAAUUGCCUUGUUUGGGCUAAAAGUGAUAUUUUAGUUAGGGAUGUAACUAAUCUCUCAUCAGACACUGCAGUAGGUUACAUUGUUAUGAAGGAUCCAUCAACUGGUACUAGAUCCAACUUAUUGAGGAUGAAACGGGCAAGGGUUGCUGGUGUCUACCAUCCUUUGAUUGAUGAGAAACUUGUGCAGAUUUUGCAUGGGAGGAAUAAGAAAGUCUAUGCUUGGACAGUUGACGAUCAAGUUUCCAUGCGCAAAAUGCUGCUAGAACAAGUUGAUGCUAUUGUCACUAGCAAUCCCACUCUUCUUCAACGGCUUAUGCAGGAAAUUAGGACACAAUGCCUUGAAUAAGGAUUUUCUUUUCAAUGAAUGGCAUUUCCCACUUGUUUCAAACUAAUUAUAUUAUUUUUAGCUAAUGAAAAGUUUCUGUUUAUGGAUUUUUGAACU